GUAAUAAUAAAAUAAAAAUAGUUACAAAAGUUGGAUCAUACCAUCUAAUCCGUACAAAAGGUUGACUUCCUCGGAAGCGGCGCCCGUGAACCGACCGUUUUCUGGUCCGCCAAACCAUUAUUCGCUGUGGCGGCAGCUUCGCCCCUAUUUUCAGGAUCUACACUUGAUUAUCACGGCCUCCAUGCAAGGCUGAUGCCUCAAGCAAAGAUGCGUCGCCUCCUCUACUUGAAGUAUAUGAUGUUAUAGAACCAUUCUCGAUUUCGAUUUUCAAAAGCGACGACUCUCUGCUGCUUCCUCAUCCACGAGCAGACCCGGAAACAUGCAGCCCCGAAAAGUCUCGCUCCCGGCCCCAAGCUCCGUUAAGAUCCAUCAACAACUUCACACUGCAUUCUGGGCUCAUGGUGCUGCUGGGAUCGAGCUUUUUGAUGCAUGCCAGGCUCUUAAGGGGACAGCGAUGGAAUCUAAGACCAGGCCUUCGAGCAUCGGCAAGCGCACAGAUCAGAGGCAAGGUUCCAUGACAGCAUCGGCAUUUCUUCUGGACUUCUUGUACCCAGAUGGGGCCGGCGCACUUCUUCGAAAGCUAUCUCCUAGGGUUAUCGAUCGCUAUGAGAGGCCAACGCAUCACCCAAAGAACAAGGUCUCGCGCCUACAUCUCACCUCAUCGGCAACUUCGCCAAGCAGACAUCCUUCGCUACGCCACGAGUCAGAGGGUUUGAGCUCCCAACUUCCGAAUGCGGGCUCGCCGGAUUAUUCGGUCGAGGUUUCGGUGGCUCCCGACUCUACGGGUCCGGGCGGCGCCCCUAGAGGUCUUGAUGUUGUCGCACUGAUGAAAGAUCACCACCGAUACGCCGAAGAAGAGAACCAGUACUCGAAGUCUGACAAUUUGCGUGAGCUUCUCACUUCCGACCAUGGUGGAACGCCGGACCGUGUCUGGCAUGUGUACAGCCACCUCGAUCCGACCUUAAAGCCCGACUUUAGAGUGGAUGUGUUGGGCCAUCUCGCAAAAUCGGAUCGACCCGUUGAGGCUUGGAGAAUCAACGAACUCUUUUCCGAGCUGGAUUCUGACCAAUGGACCGAGGAUAUUGUCAACGCCUCCAUAAAAGCCAAUCUGACGUUGAACAACACCUCGUCAGCCAUACAGCUAUUCACCCAGGCUAUGGAUCUCAGGGGGAUGGUACAAGGUCUAGAUCUCAUGUUGGCGUACGCCUUCAAGGUGUCGUCAUGGACGUUUGCGCUUGAGACAUGGGCCAUUUUCAGGAAGGAAUUCCCAACGGAGUUACCAACCCCCAUCAAUUUCGAGGCUGCCACCGCCAUCCCUAACUUCUCGGUAAAGCUAUCCGAGCUCUACAACUACGUGCAACGGCAGACGAGUCCCGGUGACCCGCGAGGUCUCAAAGAACAAGUCGAUGCUCUUCUGACGUAUAUUUCAACUGACUCCUUGGGACAAUUCAAGCCGCCUGACGCUGUGUCGAUCCUCGAUCGUGUGGGGACAUACAGGGAAUACGAGGAGUUUAUCAACAUCUGCAUGGAGCGAGGCCAGAAAAGACUUGCGGCUCGGAUGUACUGGAGAUACAGGAGGCUCCCCAAUGUUCGAAUCCGGGUUUUCGUCCUGCGGCACAUGCUCAGUGUCUUUUAUCCGCACGAUGCCCAUGGUAUGGAACAGGUCCUUAAAGACUGGUAUCAGCGAUAUGACCACCUUGACUCCUUCGGAUACCACAAGUUUCUUUCCUUCUAUGCUGGUCGCGGUGACACCAAAACAGUCCUCCGUCUGUUGGCCGAGUACAAGAAACACUACCCUACUGCAAAGAAGGACCGAGCAGCACUGUCAGCCUUGAUGCAUGCCUAUGCUGUCCGGGGCGACGUGGGGAAUGCGCGCCAUGUUCUUGUCUCGAGCUCUCGAAACUUUGGGAGAGAGCCAGGCACAAUCGAGUGGAACGUCUUGUUAAAUGCUCACGCGAAGGCAUGGGAUUUCGACGGGGCAAUCAACACUUUUGCGGAGAUCUGCGAAGCCGGAAAGGCGGAUGCAUACAGUUUCGGCACUUUCAUGGCCAUGGUCGGCGGCAGAGGCGAUCUUCACAUGUGUCUCGAUCUGCACAAGACAGCCAGACAGAUGGGCAUCGAGCCAGAUGCGUCCAUGACGGACUCCCUGGUAGAGGCAUAUUGUCAGAACGACCAGUUCGCCGAGGCCGAGUACCUUUGCGCCAGAGUGACUAGGGAGAAGCAUGUCAAAGGCAAUUACACCGUCUUGUGGAACACCCUCCUUAUUCACUACGCCCACCGCCGCGACCUGGCCAGUGUUAACCGCAUCCUGGAGCGGAUGACCAAUCUUGAUGUCGCAUACGACACCCGGACAUAUGAGCACCUUCUCCAGGCCCUCGUCUACUGCCGCCAGUCACAGCACGCCCUUCAGCUGAUUCGGGUCGCCCAGGAGGAACGUGUCUUCGAACCGACGCUGAACCAUUACCUGCUUCUCAUGUCGGCAUUCAUUCGGAGCCGGGAGCCGCACAUGGCUCUCAAAGUCAGCGAGAUGAUAAAGCACAUGGACAACGCCGGAACGGCUGAUAGAAUGACCAAAGUCAUCGAGGCAUUGGGGCGAUGGCAGCAGGUACCUGAAAAGGCACGGAAAGGCAAGGGCGCCCAUCACUAUCUCAAGGCGGCGUUCCAAGCAUUCCACGAGAGUCUCGGGCGGGAGGAAAGAACGGUUCGCGAUGACCGCCGCUCCGUCGCCCGUCAGUACUCUCAGAUGAUAUUCAUCUUGACGCAGAUGCGCGAUUUCGCGAGCGUCAAGCAGAUCAUGGCCUUCUACAAGAAGGAGUUCCCCAGAGAUGCGAGUCCGCAGACAUUGCCUCUAAAGUUGCUCAACUCCAUUAUGCUUGCCGACUUCUACGAGAACAAAUUCGACCGCGUCAAGUCUACGUGGAACUUGAUCCUGGAGAGGACAAAGCGCCUUGGCAAGCCCCCUGCCACGCGAUCUGGUGAGGGGCCGGAUGCUGCGCCUUCCCGGUGCUACGUCCUGAGCGAUGCUCUGAAAACGAUGCAGAGAGUUUACCUGGCCGAGAAGGAUGCGGACGGGCUCCUAAAGCUGGUCGCGCACGUUAGAGAAGCCGGGUUUGAACUCGACAGCAAGAAUUGGAACUACCACGUCCAGGCACUCGCUCGUCUGAAGCAAUGGAAGGAGGCCUUCUCCAUCUGCGAAGACAUACUCAUGCCCCAGUGGACAGGCUGGAGGAGAGUCCGCAUCAGGGAGAAUGUCAAGAACCAGCUACCCCUGGAGCUACGUCGACUCGGGAACUCGCCUCGAUAUCUACGACCCAUCUCUUACACGCUCCUGGUCUUGGCGAGGGAAUACAUGGAAUUGGAACAGAUGAUGCCCUGGUCCCUCGAGGCGGCUAAUAUGUUCAACACGAUCAACGAGAACUGCGCGAGGGUGGUGCGAGCCAUCAAGACCAUGGUCCGGACGGGGACGCGGGAAGAGAACCAGAUCUUUACCGAUGACCCCUCAUAUGUUGAGGAAUCAGAAGUUGAAGGGACUAAUGAUGGGGCUUAUAAUACCCGUGGUGUGGAGGACAUGUUGCCCGCAAAUAGAAAACGCAGCGCUAGCAUCGUGCCUGCUGAGCUUGCGGCCAAGACCGUCUAGGAAACAGAGGAGGAGGCCCAAGUAUAUGUACAGUACUAUGUCAACUGUAGAUAAUGACCUGUAACAGUACCCAGUUAGAAAUAGACAUAGAAUCAAAGGAGCAGCAGCGAUGUUCAAGACGG